AUUAAUAAUUAGAUGUUCAUAAAAGAUGAUUUCCCAUAUAUAUAUAUAUAUAUAUAUUAACUAUUUCACAUUAAGAGUCAUGAGUGGUGGUUAUGGUUAACCCAAGUUGGCCGUUGUUCUCUGCGAGUUUCUUGGAGCUGGUCCAAUACCGUGCUAGAUUGAUUGAACCUCCGAAGCUCCGCAGGUAUAUCGUACCGCCCACUCCCGUCCAUUUCAUCUCACCUAAUCCCAACGAAUUAUCGGUCGACACGUGUUCACCGGCGUCCUUUUACCCGCCGACGAUGUCCGUACACGAAUCCCCGGAACCAAACCCUAACCCUAACCUUAAUUCCAUCUCCGCCGGAGAGAAGCGGAAGCGAAAGCGGAACCUUCCGGGAACUCCAGAUCCAAAGGCCGAGGUGGUGGCGCUGUCCCCACGGACGCUCCUCACGGCGAGCUCCUUCACCUGCGAGGUCUGCGGCCGCGAGUUCCGCCGCGAUCAGAAUCUCCAGAUCCACCGCCGUGGCCACAACCUCCCCUGGCGUGCCACCCCCAGCUCCAAGGACGCAGAGGUAGCCACAACGACGAAGAAGCGGGUCUAUGUCUGCCCGGAGGAAUCGUGCGUGUUUCACGAUCCAUCUCGAGCUCUCAGUGAUUUAACUGGGAUCAAGAAGCACUAUAGCCGGAAACACGGCGAGAAGAAGUGGAAGUGCGACAAGUGCUCGAAAUGGUACGCUGUGCGCACUGAUUGGAAGGCACAUGUUAGGGUUUGCGGCACCCGCGAGUACGAGUGCGCUUGUGGGACGCUCUUCUCCAGCAGGAGGGAUAGUUUUGUUGUUCAUAGGGCGUCUUGUGAGUCUUUGGGUGAUAAUGAUGAUGGUGAUGAGAGAAUUGAUUGCAAGGUUAGAACAAACACUGUGAAUAAUGAGUUGUUGUUUCCGAGCUUGUGGGGGCAGAGCUCCUCCAUUUCUGGAACCAAGGAUGAACAAAAAGGGAUUGCUUGAUGCUGAUGCUGUUGUAGUAGAGAAAGAUGGCUGCUUGACUCUCUCUGAGGGUGGAGUGUGGCUUGUGUAGAGUUCCUCCAUGGUGAAAGGUGGGAUUUUUAUGGUGAUAUUGAUUGGGCAUUGUAUUGGUUACCAAUUAGAUAUCUGAAGCUGUUUUGGAUUUUUCCUUGAAUGGCGAGUUCCCUCUUUGAUGAGUUCACUUCCCUUUUUUGCUCUCUGUACUUGAAUUAUAGCACUUGUUGUACCAGUGAAGCUGUUCUGAAUUGUUCUUGAA